GGCGGUGCGGCGGACAGCCCCGGCGGCGGGGCGGGGGGGAGUUAUAUUGCGGGGUCCUUCCUCGCUCACCCUGGUUCCUCUCGGAGCGGAGAAGGCAAAUGGCGGACUUCGACACCUACGACGAUCGGGCCUACAGCAGCUUCGGCGGCGGCAGAGGGUCCCGUGGCAGUGCUGGUGGCCAUGGUUCCCGUAGCCAGAAGGAGCUGCCCACAGAGCCCCCCUACACAGCAUAUGUAGGAAACCUACCUUUUAAUACAGUGCAGGGUGACAUAGAUGCUAUCUUUAAGGAUCUCAGCAUAAGGAGCGUACGGCUAGUCAGAGACAAAGACACAGACAAAUUUAAAGGAUUCUGCUAUGUAGAAUUUGACGAGGUGGAUUCCCUUAAGGAAGCCUUGACAUACGAUGGUGCACUGUUGGGCGAUCGGUCGCUUCGUGUGGACAUUGCAGAGGGCAGAAAACAAGAUAAAGGUGGCUUUGGAUUCAGGAAAGGUGGACCAGAUGACAGAGGAAUGGGUGGCUCUCGAGAGUCUAGAGGUGGCUGGGAUUCCCGGGAUGACUCCAAUUCUGCCUUCAGGGAUGACUUCCUAGGCGGCAGGGGGGGGAGUCGCCCAGGUGACCGGCGAACGGGCCCCCCAAUGGGGAGUCGCUUCAGAGAUGGCCCUCCCCUUCGAGGCUCCGGCAUGGAUUUCAGAGAACCAACAGAAGAGGAAAGAGCACAGAGACCACGGCUCCAGCUUAAACCUCGCACAGUUGCAACGCCGCUCAAUCAAGUAGCCAACCCCAACUCCGCCAUCUUCGGGGGCGCCCGGCCCAGGGAGGAGGUCCAGAAGGAGCAGGAAUGAGCUGCCGUCGGGAGGGAGUGGGGCGUGGGCGCGCAGAGCGAGACCACGGCUGGCGGCCUCCGCACCAGCAGCCCUGCGGUCACCGCUCCUGCGCCUGCCCUCUGUCCUCCUUUCUUCCAGCGGAAACACAGCUUGUGAGCGCAUGUCAGCAGUGAACAAGUGGUUUUUAGCACAUCCUCGCCUUUGCUGUCUAGUGCCUGUUCCGUGCUUUUUUUUCCUUCUGCCACUCCUUGCCCAUUUCCCUUCUGUCCUUUUUUCUGUUUUGCUCCUCCUUUCCUUCCAGCGCACGAGUGUCUCUGGCGCAGCGAAGGCGCCACCGUGUGGGAGCUCCUUGGAUCGAGGCGCUGCUUCGUGCUCUCCUUUGCUUCCUCUUUACUUUAGACGCACUGGCCAGGUCCAGUCGUUGCCUUUGGUUUGCUCAGUGCUUCUCUCCCGACCUGCAUGUUGAGUUCUGUAUUGCUGUGGCUUCCGAGAACAAACCAGAGGAGAAGUCACAGACUGGAGAGUCUCGUUUGUACUCAGCUGUGAUGAACAUCCAGAAUUUGAGACACCUUGUUUUCAAAGCAAGGAUAAAAGAUGUGUUGAUCCUCGCAGAUUCCUUCCUGUCCCUCUUUAUAGGUAGUCCUGUCUCUUACCCCCUCCCCACGUGGGUGAUUCGGGCAGAACAGGCUCACCUUUCACACAUGAAACCUGAGGGAAGAGGGAGGUGGAAGGUUGGCGCGGCAUUCCCAGGGAGGGUCCCCAGGUUUCAUUAGUGCUCUUUCACAGCCGUGUCCAAACUCGUUCCCUCUUUGAAACCGCUGUGUUAGAGGCUGGAUCUAGCGAACAGCUGUCUGGUUUCCUUUCCACUGGGCAGAGGUGCUGCGGGGACAGAGGGUGUGGGCGGAGAGCCGCGCCAAGCCUGCUGGGUAGUGCAGACACUGCUCUUGUCCACGCCCCUGUGGCUUGUGUUCAGCAUCUCUCCCUGUGUUUAUCUGUUCCUGAUAGAAGGAACAGAAUGAGAUGCGUGCUUCUCGCCCUCCCUUAAUUUCAUGAUGAAAAUGGACCUAGAAACUGGCACUUUACUCUGUUUCACUUCAUGAAUUGAGAAUGUUACUAUGCAGAGCUGCCAAGAAUCAUAAGAUAACUGGUAGGUGGCUGUGCGGCAUGAGGGCUCCCCCUUGGGGCAGUUUCUUGUUCCCACGUACAGUGUUCAGCAGUUCAGGGCUAGGGGCUGGGCACCUAUGUGAGAACAGAUGAAAGUUUUUAGCACCGAGUCCAGUCUGUCCCAUUGGGAGCAAUUUGGAGUGGGCUGGCCGCUUAGAGCCCUCCCCCGCGUGCGUGGAGGCCGAGGGCAGCCUGCCCGCGGCGCAGUGUGCUCCGGUUGUAAUUUGUCACCAGCUGGCACCCUUGGCUUCUCUUACUUUGUCUGUUAUGAGGUCUCAGCAAUUCACAGAACUCUCCCUCCUUUCCUGCUUCCACCUGUCACCUUUGCUUCUGAAAUAAGAACCAUUUGUGUAACACCAGUACUUAACUUAAGAAAGACAUGCAUUCUGUGGUCGUAAUCAGACGAUGCUCUCAGAUGACCUACUCACAUCUUCAGUGUGGAAAGAUUAAGAACAACACAAGUUCCUCUCAACUUCUGGGCAAUCCAGUUGACUUUUAAAUGUAAGAAUGGAAUUCCAAACACUUAACACAUUCAGCUAUAUGACAGAAAGUAAAUCUAUGGAUAUGGUAUUUUGUGAAUGAUCUUUUAAAUAAAAGAAAACCUUACGUAAUA